UGCUAAGAUCCUGCUUUCCAGUUCAUAGAUGCUUCAGUGUCUAUACAUAGUAGGAGCACUAGAUAGCUCUCUGAGGUCUUGUUUUUAAGGUAAUUAAUCCCAAUCAUGGGAAUUCUGUCUUCAUAAUCUAAUUAUCUGCAAAAGCCCUUUCUCCUAAUACCAUCACAUGGGUUAUUACGGUUCAAUAUGAAUGUUGGGGGGGAGUGCUUGGUCUACUAUCUCUUCUUCUACACACAUUAAUCAUACUGGACCAAGACUCUACUCUUAGGACCUUAUUUAAACUCAGUUACCUCCAAAAGGACCUCUGUCCAGUCACUUGAGGAACUGCACUUCAACAUGGGAAUUUGGGGAAACAACCAUUCAGUUCCUAACAAUGGCAAAGCCUUGGUUAUUGCCCAACAGGCCACAUGGGGGCACUGUGGAGCCACUGAGUUUCCAAGGUCUUGAGGUAGGGAGAACUCACAGCAAGUUGGGUGGGAUGUGGAGAUUAAGGAACAACCUUGUUGGAUGCUUACAUUCACUAGAAUGAUUGAUGACUUGUCCUCGAAUUUGCAGGUGUCAGUCCUUGAAGGAGGCAGGAACUUGCAAGGAAAGGAAUGCAUGUCAGGCUGAGCUAGGGCAGCCUGCAGGCCCUGAGCACUAAUGGCCAAAGAAACAACUGCCUCAAGGACAAGCAGAGGAACUGCAGGGUAGACAUGGGGUCUAACUCAAGCCAGCCUACACAAGUCUCAUCCAGGCCCACAUACAUGUGAGAGGCUUUUUUCAGAACAAAGAAGAUGCCUUGGAUUGGCUGAGCCAGGGACUUGCAAGGGAGUCAGAUGCACAAGAAUCUGCAGAGACCAUGACAUCAUGGCAGUGACAUCACAGCCUAACAUCCAGUCAGAAAAGGGAUGACCAUAAUGCCAACCCUCAGAGGACCAGAAGUCUGAACAAGGUGACAGCUGUCCAGCUCUUCCUCACCUGCCACAGGCUCCAGUAUCCUCUGCUGUGUGACUCUGUCAAUUUGGAAGAGAAAAGGGAAGCAGCAGACACCAAGAAGCACUGAGAGAGAUGAUAGCGAGGCAGUGACAUGCCAGCACCAUUCUUCAUCUGGAAAGGAGAGAACAAAACUCAGUUCCUACCCAAGAGGACCAAACCCUGAGCACAGAGGUGCCUGCCUGGCUGCACCAUGGAUUCCGGGCUCCUCCACUGCAUGAUGCUUUGUCUCCUGGGAGCAGGCCCUGUGGAGGCAGGAGUCACUCAAACUCCAAGACACCUGAUCAAAACAAAAGGACAGAAAGUGACACUGAAAUGUUCCCCUAUGUCCGGGCACAACAGUGUGUCUUGGUACCAACAGAUCCUGGGCCAGGGCCCCCAGUUCCUCUUUGAAUAUUACAGAGAAGAAGAGAGAGCAAAGGGAAACUUCCCCAGUCGGUUCUCAGCUCACCAGUUCCGUAACUACAGCUCUGAGAUGAAUGUGAGCUCCUUGGCGCUGGAGGACUCAGCCCUGUAUCUCUGUGCCAGCAGCUUGGCACAGCCCUGCAGAGUCACUGACGUUCUGUGCGCAAACCUCUGUGCCCCAGCAAGGAAACACCUCAGACCUGACAUGCAGAGAGAACUUGGGGAUUGCAGGGGAACUGGAAAAUGGUUUUUUCCAGGGACAGUGCAGCUUUGUCCUUUUGAGUCUUUCAGGAUUCAGGCCAAGUAUGGGCAAAGCUCUUCAGAAGAUCGUUCUACAUCAGUCGGUCACUCCAGAAUGACUUUCUUUGACUAUCACUGCUUACUACGCUUCCUACACAUUGUGUACUGCAGGGGUGAAGGGAAUGCUUGUAAUUUAAUAGCUGGAAUCCUCCUUUUCAGAGCAAAAGAUUUUAGUCUGGGUUCAAGACCGUUGAUAAUUUGUACAGCUGAAAUGGUAGGAUCAUAGAAAUUUACAUGAUAUAAAUGACGGAGAAGUUGCUGGUAUUUGGGGAAGGUCAAGGAGAGAGAACAUGAUCAAAGAUGGUUGAUAAUAGAGAUAGCACUGCCGGGUUAGUAAAAG